AUGGUCAUCUCGAAAGCAGCUGAUUCCAUCUUCCCCACUGCCACAGUACGAGGACGUGCCUUCCACUGGGACAAUGCGGUUCGGAGGAAAAUCCAGGACCUUGGUUUGCAGUCUCGUUACAUGGAGCGGGAGAAGACCUACACCUUCUGCAAGAAGAUCAUGGCCCUCCCUUACCUUCCCAUGACAUCAUUCCAGGGUUGUUUGAUCACCUCCAGGAAGCUGCAACAACAGAUGGCUUGGUACAACUUUGCCAGUACAUCACCAACAACUGGGUUGGAGAUGCAGCCUUGUGGAGCCCCGGACAAUGGAUUGUGUUUAAUCAGGCAGUGCGUACCAACAACGACCUGGAAUGAUGGCAACGCCGGUUAAAACACUCCGCAGGGAAAUCCAGCCUUCCCAUAUA